AUGCCUUGCCGUGUCUACGUUCUCGGCCUCGCCUGUGUCGUCUGCCACUCCACUGGCAUUCCGCAAUCUGCUACCUGCAAUCUACAAUCUACAAUCUACAAUCUACAAUCUACAAUCUACAAUCUACAAUCUACAAUCUACAAUCUACAAUCUACAAUCUGUCGCGGAGUGUGGACUGCUCACCUUGUCCCUCCUUUGGUGCGGUCUUCUGAGUCCUGGAACCGCCACAGUCCGGGGCCCCCGCAUCCCCGGGAAUCCGGGCCCUUUUACCCCCCAAACAUGGAGAAACUCGGGGGGGGCGGGCCGCACGGGGUAGUCACGGACUCGCCCUCCCGGCAAGGCGCACCACCGGUGGCCCUGCAAUCUAGCAGCACCUCCCCGAGUCCAUCUCGGGCCCGGCCUCCCUUCGCUCACGAGCAGCCCGAGCGCCACCCUUGGCUGGUCCCCCGUCAGCGGACUAAUGGCCGGGGGAAGGGUGGUUGGGCUCGCAACGCCCUUGGCGUCGGGUGGCUAGCCGGAUCGGGGACGAGUCAAGCCUUCCCUGGCCGUAGCUAA